CGGGGCUUAUCCGAGUAAACACUUCCGGAGUAGAGCGGACUGUAAUACAUGCUGCUUUCUCAUGCUGGUAAAGGCACUGCGGACAGUAAGACUUAUCUGGAUCAGAACUGUGACUCUGUGUCCUCAUCCUUCAAGACUGUGGUUUUUCUCUAACUUGUUUAGGUGUCUUCAAAAAUCCCAUCAUAAGCAAAAGAUCUUUCCUGCUUGUAGACAGUUUUCCUCUCGGAGAUUUGUACCAAUGGAGGACAAGGAGGCUUCAACGGCGCUGAUUCAUCCUGGGGAGAAGCGAGCGUGCCCUGAAGAGAAUUCAGAACACACUGCGAAGAAAGCCCGACUUCAGGAUGAAGCUAAUGGCAGCCAUGUCGCCAAACAAACAGAGGAAGACAAAGAAGAGAUGGAGGCAGAGGAGGGUGGAGAAGAGGCAUCUUUGGAGGCUGAAGAUGGAGAAGGAGAGACCUUUGCUGAUAUGAUGAAGCAUGGACUUAGUGAAGUAGAUGUAGGAAUCUAUAAGUUUGUCAGCGAUCAUAAAGGAUUCUCUGGAAUCUUGAAAGAGAGGUACUCUGAUUUUGUGGUGCAUGAGAUUAGCAAGGAGGGGAAGAUCAUGCGGCUAGAUGACCUCUCCAUACCUGUCGAAACAGAGGAAGCAUCUGCAGAGCCUGAGCCAGUAGAGUGUCAGGACCUGACAGAAGAGCAAAAACAGCAGCUUGCUGAUCUGCAACUAUUCAAAAACAAAGAGGGAAAUGUGGCUAUUGAGGUGGAAGGAGAUUCCAAGGAGAGGCGUACUUUGCUUCAUAAAGCAAUCAAAACCCUAUACCCAGGACUGGAGACCAAAACUGAGGAAAGAGAGAGCAAGAGGUUCAUAGUGGCAUAUCAUGCAGCUGGGAAAAAAGCACUGGCAGCACCAAGAAAACACUCAUGGCCUAAGAACCGUGGCAGCUUCUGCCAUUUUGUGCUUUACAAGGAGAAUAAAGACACCAUGGAUGCCAUCAACGUUCUCUCCAAAUUUCUCAGGGUUCGACCCAAUGUCUUCUCCUACAUGGGCACAAAAGACAAGCGAGCCAUAACAGUGCAAGAGAUUGCUGUGUUAAAAAUCACCGCAGAACGAUUGGCUCACCUCAAUAAGUGCCUGAUGAACUUCAAACUGGGAAACUUCAGCUAUAAAAAGCACCCUCUGAAACUGGGGGAGCUGCAGGGGAACCAUUUCACAGUGGUACUCAGGAACAUCUCAGGCUCUGAUGAACAGGUGGAACGGGCCAUGACAUCACUCAGGGACACAGGCUUUAUCAACUACUAUGGCAUGCAGCGCUUUGGCACCACAGCUGUUCCCACACAUCAAGUUGGCAGAGCCAUCCUGCAGAACAACUGGCCUGAAGUGAUGGACCUGAUCCUAAAGCCACGGCCUGGGGCGGAGAAGGGCUAUCUGGUGAAAUGUAGAGAGGAAUGGGCCCAGACACAGGAUCCUGACGCAGCUCUGAAGAAGCUGCCAGUGAAACGCUGUGUAGAGGGACAGCUCCUGAGAGGACUGUCAAAGUAUGGCAAAAAAAACAUCAUUACAGCUUUCGGAAUGAUCCCUCGCAACAACAGGCUCAUGUACAUCCACAGCUACCAGAGCUUCGUGUGGAACACCAUGGUCAGCAGGAGAGUGGAGGCCUAUGGCCUCAAAGCUGUGGAAGGAGACCUAAUACUCAAAGGAGGCACUGCUCACAUCCUGUCUGCAGAGGAAGCUGAGAAGCACUCCAUUCAUGAUAUUGUGAUGCCACUGCCUGGAUUUGAUGUCAUCUAUCCCACACACAAGGUGGGGAAAGGCUACAGAGACAUGCUGGAAGUCGAUAAUCUGGAUAUAGAUAACAUGAGGCAUAAAGUACGAGAUUAUUCACUGGCUGGAGCUUACCGUCGCAUCCUCAUACGCCCUAAUGAUGUCAGCUGGGAGCUGAUUCAUUAUGAUGACCCCAAAGUGCCUCUGGUCCACACGGAUGUAGAGAAAUUGGAAAACAAACCAGGACCAGUUUUUCUGACAGAGGGUAAAUACAAGGCUCUGAAGAUGGAGUUCUCCCUCCCUCCAUCUACCUACGCCACCAUGGCCAUCAGAGAAGUGCUUAAAAUGGACACCAGCAUCAAGAACCAGACCCAGCUUAACACCGUGUGGCUGAACUGAGGACCACCGUCUGUUUGGAGUUUUACUUUCCUCCCCCCCCCCCCAAGCUUUUGUUUUUAAUAACUCCAAUCAGAAAUAAGCACAGAGUUGUUCAGUAUUUAAUUUCUUACUUUAUACCAAGCUUAGAAAACAUUGAGUAUAAACUUUAAGUUUAAUUGGAUUUUAUUUCCCUGGACAGUGCGUUUGUAAAAUUGACCACCCUGUUCUUUUUGUCUGAUAUCAGAUUGCGCUCUAGAUGUACAGAUAGGAUAAAUAAAUACUGUCGUUUUUUUAUUUACAGAGUAAAAUUUGUAAAUAUAAUUAAAUUGCCCAAAUGGAAAAAGAAAAUUAAAAUGUUUUAAAUCCCCCCA